UGAUUGUAUAUAUAUAUAUGGUUAAGAUUGCACAAGUGUGUUGUAGUCAUAUGAUAAAAGAAAUAAUUCAGUAAUGUCAAUUGGUGGUGGUCUUAAUAUUUUGAAAGCAGAAAUAUUAAAAAAGCGGAAACAAUUAGAAGAAAGUAAUGUUUUACAACAAAAUAAGAAAUACUUCAGAAGGGGAGAAUUGGAGUCUCAAUAUAAAAUUGAAAAUUAUGAGACUAAUGAUAUUAGUAUCGAUAUUGUUAAAUCUGAUGUGAAUCAAGAACAGCAAGAAUCAAUAAAAGAUAAUAGUUUAGAACAAUCAACAUUACCUAGGCCAGAAGUAAUACGAAGAUUAAGAGAACGAGGAGAACCUAUAUUGUUAUUCGGAGAAUCAGAAAAAGAAGCGUUUAAAAGAUUAAGAAAACAUGAGAUUUUUGAAGCAGAAGUAAAUAAGGGCUUUAGAAAUGAUUUUCAAGAAGCAAUGGAACAGGUAGAUCAAGCAUAUUUAAAUGAAAUUUUAACAUCUACAAAAUCACAAGAUCGUAAUGUAAAAGGAGAUGUCAAUGUACCUGAAGAAGGUACCACUUACGAAGAUAUACAAAAAAUGUCUGACAAAUUAAACAAAGGUGACAGGGACUUUGAUAUAAAUGUUAUUAUCCAAUUUAUCCAAUUCCUAGUACAAGUAUGGGGUAAUCAGUUAAAUAGUAGAACAUCUGAAGAAAAAAUGAGUACACAAGGUAAAAUGGCAAGUGCAACUUAUGCUCAAACAAGGGAAUAUUUAAAACCGCUUCUCAGAAAGCUGAAAAAUAAAUCACUUCCUGAGGACAUAACUGAUAGUUUGACCGAAAUUGUGAAACAUUUACUUGAACGUAAUUAUAUUCUGGCUAGUGAUGCAUAUUUACAAAUGGCAAUUGGAAAUUCUCCUUGGCCUAUUGGUGUAACUAUGGUUGGUAUACACGCACGUACUGGUAGAGAAAAGAUCUUCUCAAAAAAUGUAGCACAUGUAAUGAAUGAUGAAAAACAAAGAAAAUAUAUUCAAGCAGUAAAAAGAUUAAUGACUAAAUGCCAAGAAUACUAUCCUACAGAUCCUUCACGUUGUGUGGAAUAUGCAAAAACAUAGCAUGAACUCCAGUGAUAGUAGUUCCACCAGCUGAACAAACUUCAUCUUUUAAUUGACCUGGAUGUCGUUCUGUUUCUAUUACCAUUUUACCAGCUCCUACAAGUACUUGAGCAGCAAAUUUUGUUGCCAUUGGUCUAGGCAUUCCCAUUUUCACAGCACCAUCUGCUAAAGCUUCUACAAUGAGAUAUGCCUAAAAAUAGAAUGUUAUAAAUCUAUUGUUAAUGAUAAUACAUUUUUUUAUUGUUUUUACUUACAUAAGCAGGACCAGAACCUGACAAACCACUAAUCGCAUUCAUAAGAGAUUCAGGGACAUUCUGACUAAUCCCAAGAAACGAAAAUAAUGUAUCUAUUAAAAUUAUAUCCUCCU